AUGGCAGUCGAGGUGGCACAACCCGCUCGGAAUUUUCAGUCGGACAGCAUCGUGCUGGGUGACACCAUCGCCAAACGGUCGCGGAAAACGACUAGUGUACAAUGUGACGACCCCCCGACCUCGAGUGUGGAGGUUAGGCAAGAACAGCUCGCAUUCACGAACCCGAUCUCUGCGCCAUUGCUUCAUGUUGAGACCAGCCUGGCGACGAGUUCGAGUGUGCAGUCCGUUUGUUUCGCGGUCGACAGCCACAUCGCCUCGUCCAGUUCGCCCGCCUCCAAGGGCUCGGGCGUCGCAGCCACCGUUUCAGUGUUUCACCUGCGAGGAAUCGGUGCGUACGGCCGAGCUACCGUUUCACAUUGA